AUUUCAAGAGAGAAGCCUAUGUUGCUGCUUCGGAGGAGAUGGCAAACAAGACCGAGAACCUGUUUCGUUCGAUGCUUCGAGCUCAACGUAGAGGUAUAUACACUGCAAACACGACUUUCUACUCUGCCUCGCAUAUCGAACACGUACGCCCCAUGUUUGAAGUAGCCUGGAUGCCCGUUCUUGCCGGUCUUUCUGCACCUUUACAAGAUACAGAGGAUCUCGAGACAGCCAAUUUUGCCAUAGAAGGGUUUAAGCUUGCCAUUCGUAUUGUCUGUCUGUUUGACAUGGAAUUAGAACGCAAUGCAUUUGUGACUACAUUAUCCAAAUUUACGUUUCUGAACAAUCUGGGAGAGAUGAAACCAAAAAAUGUGGAAGCCAUUAAAACAUUGUUGGGAAUUGCAUUGGUUGAGGGAAAUAAUUUGAAAGGGUCAUGGAGGGAGGUUUUGACCUGUGUGAGUCAGUUAGAGAGGUUUCAACUAAUUAGUACGGGAGUUGAUCAGACGACAGUGCCAGAUUUGUUUAGUGCUAGGAAACAACCGAGGAAGCAAUCGGUUGAUGAAAGAUCGAGAAGAACUUCGCUGUCCAAAAGGCUGUCGAAACCAUCACCAAAUGUUAUUUAUGCGGAAGACGUGGCAUUGGAGAGUCGCUCUUCGCAGGUGGUUGUUGCCGCAGAUAAAAUUUUUAGUACCAGUCCUAAACUCUCUGGGACAGCUAUCGUCGACUUUGUGCGUGCUCUGAGUGAUGUCUCGUGGGAGGAAAUUCAAUCUUCUUCGAUGACUGAGCAUCCGCGAAUUUUUAGUCUUCAAAAGUUGGUCGAAAUUUCAUAUUACAAUAUGAACCGUAUUCGUAUGGAAUGGUCUAAAAUGUGGCAGAUACUGGGAGAACAUUUCAAACAGGUCGGAUGUCAUCCAAAUGUGAAUGUCGGAUUCUUUGCAAUUGAUUCUCUUCGGCAAUUAUCAAUGCAGUUCUUGGAUAAAGAGGAACUACCUUAUUUCCAAUUUCAGAAGGAUUUUCUGAAACCAUUCGCUUACAUUCUGGCUAAUAAUCCUAACAUUGCUAUUAAGGAUAUGAUAUUGAGAUGCAUGCAGCAGAUGGUGCAAGCGAGAUCUCAGAAUCUUAAAUCCGGGUGGAAGACGAUGUUUGGAGUAUACGCUGCUGCUGCUAGAGAAGCCAAUGAAUCUAUCGUAUUGAUGGCAUUUGACUUGGUUAAAGGAUUAUUUAACAACCAUUUUGAAGCAGUUGUAUCGAAUAGUACUUAUCCUGACUUGAUGGUGUGUUUGUGCGAAUUUUGUAAGAAUAACCACUACCAAAAGAUCAGUCUUCAAGCGAUCGAGCUCAUUUCUCAGUCAUUGUUAAAGAUGUUAGAAUAUCCAAAGUAUCACAUCACAGCCACUGUUCUCUCUGCCGAUGGUAUAUCGACUGAGGGCAAAUUUAUCACGAAUGAUGAUCCAUCAUUCAAAUUUUGGUAUCCCGUAUUAUUUGGAUUUCAUGACGUCCUCAUGAAUAGUGACGAUCUUGAAGUUAGAACAAGGGCAUUGAAUUAUUUAUUUGACACUUUAAAGAAAUAUGGGCUUAGAUAUUCUGAAGAGUUCUGGGAUGUAAUCUGUAGACAAGUUCUAUUUCCUAUAUUUGGUGUAUUAAAAUCGAAAUCGGAU